GGGAGAGGAGACGACACAACGAGUAAACGUUCGUAGGAGCAAAAAAAAGCCGCGGAUGAUAUUCAACGGGGUGGGGCUUUACUCUCCAGGCCGGGAAUAUAUAAAUCGCAGGCAGGGCUGAAAUUCAAGUUAGUGUGGAUACGAUCUGAGACUAUCGGCAACCUGCGGGGACAAACGAUGCGGGGUUUAUCGUUCGCGAUUUUCUUCGCGGUGGUGGUUGGAACGGCAGUAUCAAAACCAUUAUGGUCGACUUUAGCCGGCACCAACCAUCUGUAUUCCACGCCCGGAAUCGGCGCACAGCCGCAAUAUCUCGCCGCGUAUCAAAAUACGCAUUCUCCUUAUUACGUUUACAAUGUUUAUUCGAAUGUGGGAGGCAUACCGAACGCUCUUCACGUUAGCGGCAACCAGAACGUCCCUGUUUAUAGCUUCUACUAUGGAACGCCGAUUUACGAUAUCCGGAUUCCACUAAAUCCGGUUUAUCCCGUGCUGACACCAUCGCAUCCAGGAAUUCCUCCGGUACUCCCGCCGACAUCGACAGAACAAUCUUUCGACGAAGACGAUUACGACGGUAUCGAGAAGUUAGAUACGAAAGUCGAACCGGACGCAGAGACAAAAAAACCGGAACAUAGCGAACAGGAUGACGAUUCCAUAACUGUGGAAGCAAUAUGAGCUAAUUUUCCUCGUUACGUGCACAAUAUACCAUACAGACGUGGAAAGUUAAUUAUAGUACGAUAAACGUUCGCUUCUUUAGUGUUAGUUUUAUAUUUAUAUUAUGUUACAUUAUAUCCAAAAUGCGUUAAACGAUUCUUUUUGAUAAAAUUUUUAUUAAAAGAGAAGAAUAAUGCACCGUUACAUUUCGUACGUGGAGAAUAAGGUAUGAUAUUUGUAAUAAAAAUUAAGAUUUUGA